AUGAGUCCAUCUAUUCUUUGUGACGCAGAAUUUCAACCAGAAGUAGUUCAGGAGGAAGCUGCUGUAAGCCCAGCUCCAAUUCCAACCAUAUUAUGUGCAACACCAACACGAGCUGCUAUUCGGGAGGAACAUAUCGUUAGAUCUACCGCAACUCCGUCAAAAUCAUAUUUUAAUGAGACCGAUACUAAUGACGAUGAAACAGUAACUGACUUUGUUGAUAUUCUAAAAAUUGUGAGCCCACUGCCACAACAACUCAUAACUAAUAAAAAAAACGAGAUUGAAGAACAAACAACAUUCUGA